AUGUCCAGCCAUGAAGGUGGCAAAAAGAAGCCCCUGAAACAGCCCAAGAAGCAGGCCAAGGAGAUGGACAAGGAAGACAAGGCUUUCAAGCAGAAACAGAAAGAGGAGCAGAAGAAACUCGAGGAUCUAAAAGCCAAGGCUGUGGGGAAAGGGUCCCUGGUCACAGGUGGAAUUAAGAAAUCUGACAAAAAGUAA